AAUAAGGCUAUAGGUAGUGGGAAUAACUCACACAUGCAUACUGCAAAUAAGUAUAUGCAGGAACGCAUACCACACACAUGCACACACUCAAAAAAAAAAUCCCGAUACCAGCCUGAGUCAGUGAGAAAGUGAAUGAGGAAGAAUGUGUCUUCAUUUCGUCGUGCAUUGGCCACUCCCUGUCUCCUUACGGCGCAGAAAAAAAAUCUUCCGAGCCACAGAUGCAUUUUGAUGUGCCUCGUCUACCUCUCAAGGGACCCGCGGCGUGUUUUUUUAACCUUUGUGAUCUUUACGUGACCUCUGCUGCCACUGUUCAUGGGUGUAUAGGCCUCCUGAGGACAUGGAUGGUAACCAAUCUUACAACAAUUACAGUGGCAAGGUAGACAACAAUUCAGAAUAUGAUAAGGAUCUGGUGUAUCUUUGUGAGUCCGAGUACCGAGGUUCUGCCAGCUCUGCGACAGCGGCUUGCUACGCCAUCAUCUUCUGCCUCAGCCUCACUGGGAACCUGGUGGUCCUCUGUGCCCUCAUCAGGUUCGAGGACCUGAAGAAGGUCACCAACCUGUUUGUCCUGAACCUGGCUGUGUCGGACCUUGUGUUUGCGGUCUCGCUCCCAUUCUGGAUCACGGACCACCUCCACAGCUGGGUCUUUGGGAAUUUCCUGUGCAAGCUGGUGAGCGGUUUGUACUUCAUCAGUAUCUACAGCAGCCUUAUGUUUCUGGUGGCCAUGACUGUUGACCGCUAUAUCAUAAUAGUGCAGAUGCCGCUGGCCCGGCAUCCGAAACGCCUGCUGGGGUCUCGGGUGGUCUGCGCCGUGAUCUGGGUCAUCAGUAUCUCAGCCUCUGUGAGGGAGAUGGUUCUCUCCAGGAACUUGCCUGAUCAAUAUACCUGCGACGUUGGAGACCAGAAUUCCCAGGAGGUCUAUAUUAAUCACGGUCUUCAUAUUUGUUUUUUAUUCCUCUUGCCUCUGAUUGUCAUUGUUUUCUGCUACUCCCGGAUUCUGAAGACUGUGCUAUCUUCCAGGACCAAGAACAAGCACAGAACAGUGGCUCUCAUAUUUGUAAUUGUGCUGACGUUCUUCAUUUGCCGGGCUCCGUACAACGUGAUGAUUGUUUUCAUGCUGAGAAUCGACGAAAGAGACUGUGACACACAGAAGAGGCAAAAUGUGGCAUUUGCCAUCGUCCGUACCCUGGCAUAUUUUCACUGCUGUCUCAAUCCUCUGCUGUACACGUUUGGAGAGAAGUGUAGGGCUCAUAUACGCAGACUGUUUUGCAGUCUUCCUCAGGAAAGGUAUAACAGUGUCAAUUAUCAUGCUGCUCAUAGCUCAAUUGUCAUUGACAAAGCAGUUGUGAUUAAUGGAAAAGCAUCAGCUGAAUAAGUUCAGCAGAUCUCAGCCUAAAU